GAGUUCUGAAUUAUGUAACCAUGCAUCAGUCUUCAGACCUCUAUGGGACUGUUCAUGGUGGAGGAUUCGUAGUUCACAGAAAAUAUGAGUGUUUGUGUACCUUUUGUGAUUUGAUAUAUUGACUCUCCUUUAAUUUUCUGUUGAUGGAAGGCAUUUAAAUGAAGUUCUGCUACAGUGUUCACAGUCUUCAUAUUUGCCUAUGUGAGAAGCAGAAAUCUCACUAGUUUUUAGAACGCGAAUGACAGAACUGCAUAACUUCGCGUAAACAGUAAUAAAUCAUGACAAACUUGUUAGAAAUUUAACGUCUUCUGAAAGCCACAGUAAUAUAAAUUAUUCAGUCUAUAAUACUAUAUGAAUUGAGUAGUAAAAUAAAUGUUAAGACAUUCUUCUGAAUGCAGCCCCAAGUCACUUCUCGGCCAGCAGUACACAGUGUAUUUUGUACACCCUUACGGAAUUAUCUUCUUUACUAUGGUAUAUUUCUUCACAAAAUUCCUUUCCUUUUAUAAGACUACAGCCUCUCCAAUUUUUGAAUUCUGAUUGUAGAAAAAAAGUCUCUCACCUGCUCCCUCUUGUGUGUGUGUGUGUGUGUGUGUGUGUGUUAGGGCAGAAGUGGAGUUGGGUGCUAUGUCACCUUAGAAUAAGUUAAUUUUUUUGCCCCAUUUCAUAUUUUUGCAUACCUCCUGUUUAGUCUGAGGGUACAGAUACAGCAUUGUGCCCCAUUUUUUUGUGAUCAACUAUCUAUCUACAGUUUUUGAUUUAUGUAACAUAUAACUUCAACUACAUACAGAAUCUGGACACUGUAGAUAUCAAACAUGAGCAUACACUAAAAAGGCCAAAGUGCAUACAGAAUGGCAUAUUUUCCUCACUCUCAAGUUAUUAAAUAUGAAGAGGCUUGUGGUGAAGAUGGUGAUGUAUGUUCAAGUGAGAAGAGCACCAUUGAUAGUGAUAUCAUUGGAACUAAUGCUGCACAAAGAACUGAACAGCAUGCUCCGGAUGGAUGUUGCAGCAACAGUAACCAAGCUACAGAAGAAUCUGCUUCUAAUACUCAGAAGUCAGACACCAACAGCCUACUUGGCAGUUAUAUCACUAAAGAAUAUGAGCUUUUGAAUUUAGUUCUGAGUCACUUACCCCUUGGGGACUUAAAUGCAGCUUCUCAGGUUUGCAGAACAUGGUGUUCAGCAGCAGUGUCUGUACGACGUGGCCGAACACAUCCACAUUGGUUACUGUGGUGUGGUGACCAACGCCAGAAAAUAUCAGAACAGUCAUGUAGAAUAAAAAGUGUGAAGUUUGCAGAGGCGGAGUUUCCAUACUUGGCUUUCCGUGAGCAUGUCUACAGUGAGCCAUCCUUGGCCCUUAUGUUUGCGUCACACACAGUGUUUGGAGCUCGUGUAAUGUGCACAUAUAAAUGCUCUUGUCCAGCUGUUACUGCAGGACAGAAUAAUGAAGAAGAUGGUCAUCAACACAGAGUAUGGGAGUAUGUGAGAGCUGAACUACAACCAACUUGUCCACUCAUCUGCCUCAGAGGGUAUGGUAUUGUAGGCACUUUGCCUGAUCUUACUGUGACAGUGGAACUUGAGAAUUCCCGAGCCUACUCAGUACUUCUGCUCCCAGACAUGCCUGGAGUUACUGUUCGUACCUUUCAACUAGACACGAAUCAAGUUAACAAACUUCAGAAAAGUAAUCUACAGAGCUUGAAUGUAGAAGUUAUGGAACAACUGACAGGAAUUCCAACAGGUGAAUCUGUACAGUGUCUACUGCUAUUUUGCCGUGAGGCUUUGUUGCUCGUACCUGCAAUUAUCCAUCUUGUUUCUUCUCUGCAAAAUAGGCAAGAAGAGACAAUGGCAGUUGCAGGGGGCAUAAUUAAUGAUGUGGGUGGUUUAAAUGAUGGUGUCCCUAUCAUGGUAGGGGUGACUUUCUCUGGUGAAGGGGUGUGUGUGGCCUCAACAAUCCUAGGUCGAGGUGUUGCAACAGAAAUGGAAGUAGACAAAGCUAUGCAAGAGUUGAAGGCACAUACAGUGAGCAGUUAUAGCAGCAGUGUUGGAUUGAUGUUUGCAUGUGUGGGCAGAGGAAGACACCAUUAUCAAGGGAAACGGAAUGUAGAAUCAGCUGCAUUCAGGAAGCAUUUUCCUAAAACUCCUUUGUUAGGAUAUUUUGGCAAUGGAGAGAUAGGAUUUAAACUCCUACCAGAUGUUACAGAUAAAAAGAAAUUAUUGGAUGGUCCCACAAGAGGAAAUAAAAGGAAACGUACGGGGACACCCGUCAUUUUACAUUCCUAUACAACCAUUAUGGUUCAUCUGGCAUUCACUGGUAGUAAAGCAAGUAGUCACACUCAUCGGUGAGAAAAGGGGCACAAACCUCCUUCCUCAGCUCAGGGACCCUUGUCUUCCAAAAUCCAGCCUAAUAAUCUAGUCAAUUUUUGGAAGUGGAGGGUCAUAUCAAAUAGACUUCAUACUGAACUAAAAUUUUGACAAAAUUUAUCCUUUAGCAUGGAACUAUUGUUAUUAUAUUUUUGGUUUGCUGGAUUGACUGAGUUUUUGAGUGCAGUGUAUCUUCAAUGUAAUUUCUUAUUCUCUUAUAUUUAAAAACCUUCAAGAGUCUGUGUAACCAAUUGUUCAUGAUUCAUUUAUGGUUUUAACUUAUCCUGUGUAAAUGAUACUAGUAGCAUAUGAAAAUGUAAAUGGAUCUCACUGGUUUGGAAAAACAAGAUUUGUAUGCCAGUAAGAUCAGUUAUCAGAUAAGACUUGCAGAGUUGCAUUCCGUCUACAUUUCUUGGGAUAUUUCUUCUCCUGUCUUGUGUUUUUGUUGCUAUUGGCUUGCUGAUGGUUCUCAGUGAACUCAUCUGUUUCCUGAAUAACAGCUUUAGUUUCAACAUUAUCAUCAGUGUUACUGUAAUCUUCUGCCCCAAAAUUUUUAACUCUGCCUGAUUCAGUCUUGGAGAAUUUGAAUGUUGUUUUCAUUCAUUCCACUUCAGUAUCAUCUGUACAAAAUUUUGUUCUAUUGAAGUGGUGGUCAGAUCAUUUCUGGUGACACUUUAUUAUAUCUGUUAGUCAGAUAUUCCCUCUAAUACAGACACAGAGUUUUUUCAAGUUCAGUAGCAAAUGAUGCAGACUCCAUAUUUAGUAUCACUGAUCACAUGAAAAGUUUGUGAUCAUUCAACUUUAUGCAAUUUAUAAUUUGUCAGUGGGUUGAAUGAUACUUGUGGUAUUGGGUAGAAACCACACAAGUCCAAAAACCCAGUAAUCCAUAUAGUAAAAUUAACAUGAUUUUGGACAUGGAGAAUUUUAGAUAACUGUAUGGGAGUUGUGAGUCCAAAUUACAAGUGGAUACUUCAUUACUAUUGUAUGUCAUAAGAUCAUCAUUAGGGAAAAAAGGAAGUUCUCAUGCUAAAAUUACUGCUGAAAUCUAUAUAUUUUCAUGUAUUUUAUGUGUUAUUUUGGUAUCUACUUCAUCUUGGCAUCAUCUUUUGUGUUUUUGUUUACUGAUGUGAUUUUUCUGAAUAGUUCAGUACACACACUUUCAAAGUAUUUUAAUUCUAUAUUUACCGCACUGUGCUCAAAAUAUUUUCAGGUAAGAAUGAUGAAAUGUUACUGACUAUAUAUAUAUCUUGCAUGCUUGGAGUUAAAUGAGAUUGGUUGUGUUAACAAAUUUGCACUAUGAGUUGUUAAAAUGAUAUUAACACGUGCUAGAGUUAUAUCUCAUCUAACCAAGGAUUGCCGGCGCUGAACAUUGGAAACUCCCCCUUGUUGACUGGUGGUAUAAGCUAUACAGCUACAAUGCAAAUUUUCAAGAGCACCUUGAGAUGAAAUUAGCAGUCCUUGGUCACAUGAAUGUAAUUAUAAUUGCAUUGCCAUAGAGGAGCAAGGAGGGAGGUAUUGUGUAUUUCUCUGGAUUUAAUUCAGAGCCUGGUCUUCUGUAAGUCAAAGGAAAUGUGUUGUUUUACUUAUAUUACAAACAAUUUACACUCUGGGUUCACAAUUUAGUGCGGUAACUGACAUAUUUACAUUUUCAAGAGUCUGUUCAGAACAAAUACUAAAACAUCUAAUUCCUUAAUUUGGAGUGUAUUGUAUGUCUCUUUAACCAAAUGUAGCAUUUUAAGAUGUUAUAUGUCAACUGUAGAAAUAAUUUCCAGACUAACAUUGUUUUGAGGUAACAGUAAGGUUGGAUAUUAUAUGGCUACUAUUUUACAUGGUUUUGGAUUGUAUAGAAACAUUAAUCAAAAAUUUUCUCAUGAAAUUAAUUUCUUUAUGUGACUGAAGAUUGUGUCUGACAAACAUGAAAUACAAAUAUGUGUUGAAUUAUAAGUGUGUAUGUAGUUUGAUGAUCUCUGUGAAAUUAUUAUAAUUGUAUUGGUUUUGUUGUUAUUUGGAAAACAGUAUAAUAUGCAUGUUAAAGGGAUGAAAACAUACUUUAAGCAGUUACAAGUGGCCAUGUUAAUAUUACUUAUUUUGUAGAAAUGUACACAUUUGUAGUCUUUCCCUUCUAAGUGCUUUUAUGUUUAACUGUUUGAAGUAGAUUUCUGAUUCAACUCUAUCAGAUAACUUCAAGAAUUAAAAUAAAAAGUCAAAUCAAAUUAAUAUACAUUUGUGAAACAUAUUAUAAGCAACAAAAAUUUAAGGCUUAAUUUGUAUUGAUUUUUCUAAAAUAUAAUAUAUAAAUUACAAAGCAUCAUUACAGACAUGUGAGUAACUGGCAAGAAUUUCAGGGAACUGGUCUUAUAAUUGAAGGUGCAUCAAGUUCACCGAUGCUUUCUUUUUGCUCCACUGGCAAGUUGAGUUUUUAUGGAGUAGAUUUAUCAUUGUUUGAUCGCAAAGCAAUUGCUAUACAAGCAGCUGGUUGGACCCUGACAUGCCACAUCUGUGCAGGGGUAGCAUUUGGUGAAUGUAGCUUUAGCUUGACAGUAAGCUGUCGUAGUGGUAAUAACCUUUAGGAAUUGUAAUGAAAACCCACCAGGACUGAAAGUGUUGCUGUCCUCAGUAUACAUGCAGAACAGACUUGGUGGAAUUUCAAGUCUUAGCACCAAUGUCAUUCAGUAUCUUUUCUAUUAGUACAGUUCAUUUCCUGUACGGCGUUUUGUCCAGCCGUGGCCCUGUUGUCUUUACCUAAUUGUCCAGGUAGUGUAUAUUUUAUCUGUUGGGAACCGGUUCGCUUAGAAACUUGCAUUGAAAUUUUCUGCAACAUUUUCUGGCAGACUAAUAUUUGAAAUAUAGUUGCGAUAAAUAGACACACUGUUUAAUAAUAUACCCUGCUUAAACCGUGUUGUACAGCGCUGAGUGGUUGAUUGAGAAAUGCAUUAACAGAAACAGACAAAUAUGAUGAUUCAUGUGGUGACAUUUAAUUCCAUUAUGGAAAGUUGGAAAAAAAAAAUGCAUAUAUUGGGACCAUCAAAUACAAUUUAAUAUUUCAGUAGAAAUUGGUGUAGUCAUUUGUAACCUAAUCCUAUUAUGGCCUAUAUGCCUUGAUGAUAUGGCAUGGCUACUCUUUUCUUUCAACAUUUGUACAUUUCAGUAAUAAAUUAAUGCGCACAAAGCAUUUAAUUACAUAA